AUGAAGACUGCUCCAAUCUUACUCCUCUCCCUCUACGCGGGUCUGUCUCCUGUCCUGGCGGUGAAUGUCAGGGACGACUUCGACGCGCAGAACUACCCCAGCGGCGAUGUCAUCACGCGCGACGUAGCGGUGAUCGGCGGAGGGGCGACAGGCACUUACGGCGCGGUGAAGCUAAGAGAUGCUGGAAAAUCCGUGGUCCUGGUUGAGAAGGAAGGCCUGCUUGGCGGCCACGUCAACAGCUACACCGAUCCGUCCACCGGUGUCAGCAUAGACUACGGCGUGCAAGCGUUCUGGAAUAUCUCAGUGACACGCGACUACUUCGCUCUCCUCAACCUCACCACCGGGCUCUACCAGCCCACCCCAUUAACGCGGUUCUACGCGGACUUCCAAACCGGCGCGCCCGUCGAGGGCGUGCGCAGCAGCUUCAACUUCUCCGCCUACGCCGCGCAGCUGGAAAAGUACCCGCAACUUCUCUACAGCUGGGACCUGCCUUCUCCCAUCCCAGAAGACCUGCUCCUCCCGUUCGGCGCCUUCAUCCAGAAGUACAACCUCGGCGACGAGGCAUUCGACGUGUACUUCUCCGCGCAGGGCGUGUCCAACAUCCUGGACGAGUUGACGGUGCAUGUGUUCAAGUUCAUCGAUGAGUCGUUCCUGAGCUCUGUGUCAGGGAAUGCGAUUGUCCCGACACCCAACAACGCGGAGAUCUACGCGAAAGCAUCCGCCUACCUAGGCGACGAUGUUCUCCUCUCCUCCACGGUCGUCGCCGCAAAGCGCCCCGCCAAUAGCAGUAGCAGCAGCAGCAGUGGUGGCGGAAUCCGCCUCAUCGUCCAAACGCCCACAGGCAAAAAACUCAUCAAAGCCUCCAAACUCCUGAUCAGCAUCCCACCCCUCCUAAGCAACACGGCACCCUUCGACCUCUCCCCCACCGAACAAACCCUCUUCUCCCACUGGCGCUCCACAGACUACUACACCAUGCUCCUGCGCAACACGGGCCUGCCCGCAGGCGCUCAAUUCGCCAACGCCAACGCCUCCACCGCCACAUACAACAUCCCGCUGCUACCCGCCGCGUACCAGAUUACCGAGACGCGCAUCCCAGGGCUCUUUUACGCCUGGUACGGCAGCCCCGUGCGCGUCACCGAGGACGAGGUCAAGGAAGAUGUAUCGAGCGUGAUCGCGCGCCUGCAGAAUGCGACGACGACGGCAGCGCUGGAAUUUGUGGAGUUCAGGAGCCAUACGCCGUUUAAGCUGGUUGUUGACGCUGGGGCGAUUGGGGAUGGGUUUUAUGGGGAGUUGGAGGCAAUUCAAGGACAGCGCGAUACGUGGUGGACGGGGGCGGCGUUCAUGUCGCACGACGCGUCUGUGCUGUAUAAUUUUACCCAGGCGCUGCUGCCGGGGAUUAUUGGGUAG